AUCUGUUCCGGUUUCUGAGCGGAAACGAUUAAAACUAAAACUCUGUUGCUUUCUCUCUAAAAAUCCUUUAUCGGUCUAAGCACUGAAACAAGAUGAGUGUGAUCGAUAUAUUGACUAGAGUAGACGCGAUCUGCAAGAAGUACGACAGGUACGACGUCGAAAAGCAGAGGGACCAGAAUAUCGCCGGUGAUGAUGCAUUCGCCAGACUCUACGCCGUCGUUGAAGCUGACAUUGAAGCCACUCUUCAGAAAGCUGAGGCUGCUUCAAAUGAGAAAAAAAAAGCAUCUGCUGUUGCCUUGAACGCGGAGAUCCGUCGAACUAAAGCUAGGUUGCUUGAGGAGGUCCCCAAUUUGCAGAGAUUGGCUCUAAAAAAGGUAAAAGGGCUUGCACCUGAAGAAUUUGCUGCUCGCAAUGAUCUUGUACUUGCCUUGCCAGAUAGGAUUCAAGCCAUACCAGAUGGAACUGCAGCUGCUCCGAAACAAACUGGAGGCUGGAUGUCUUCAGCUUCAGCUUCUCGUACUGAAAUCAGAUUUGAUUCAGAUGGACGGUUUGAUGAUGAAUACUUUCAAGAAAGUGAGCAGUCAAGUCAAUUUAAGCAGGAAUAUGAAAUGCGAAGAAUAAAACAGGAUCAAGGUUUGGAUAUGAUUUCAGAAGGUUUGGAUACAUUGAAGAACAUGGCUCAUGAUAUGAAUGAGGAAUUGGAUAGGCAAGUUCCUCUGAUGGAUGAAAUUGACACUAAGGUGGACAAGGCUGCGGCUGACCUUAAGAAUACCAACGUUAGACUUAAAGAUACUGUCACCCAGUUGAGGUCCAGCAGAAAUUUCUGUAUUGAUAUUGUUUUGCUGUGCAUAGUCUUGGGAAUUGCAGCCUAUUUAUACAAUGUCCUGAAGAAGUGAUGUGGUGCAAAGAACUACUUGGAUGCCUUAUGCUGCUAUUGGCUCUGCUGGCAUUCCCAUCUGGGGACAAGCUAUCGUGUUGGUUUUAUAUUUUUUUUGUUGUUUCUUGUGUUUAAAAGUCAUUCUUGACAUUGGAAAAAUUUGAGUUUAUCGUUUUAUACAAAUUUGACAUCUGUAAUGUCUGUACAUUAGUCUAGUACCAAUUUAUUUUAUGUCCUUUAAUUGAAGGUGUUAUCUCUUCCCUUAAUUGAACAUCUUUAUGCCAUAGAGCUUGAAGCAAGAAGAGUCACUAUAUUGUCACCUAUUCAGGCAAGUUUCAACUUUCAUGUAUUAAAUGGAUUAAUUUAUC